AUGGCUUUUACUAUUAUUGAAAGUAUCAAACCUGUAAAGGACCGUCUAGAAAGAUUAUUGAGUGAGGUAAAAACUAUGGAUAUCCAAACUUCAGAUCCAACCUUACCUACUAACCACGAACGACUCGAAAUUAACGAAACCAAAGAUCGACUCAUAGAUGAAAAAAUUCUUCAACUGCAAAUGUGCAUUGACUCUAUCGAAGUUUUAAAUAAGCAGUGGAUAGAAUGUGCCCAAAAAUCCAAAACGAAAAAGAAAGAUAAGGAAAAUAUAUACAAAAGAGAAAUUAAUAAUGAAAUCAAACAAAUAACUUCUAAACCGCCAAUAACAGAGUCAACAACGCCAACAUCCUAUUGCAACAUCAACCUUCCUUAG